ACAUAUUAACUACAGUUAGCUGACAAAGCUAGCCGGCAGAAUAUAUCCGGGUAUAGUAGCUAGAUUUGCUGCUUGAUAGCUUGUCUCAUUGUUCGUGGCCGGUUCAGUGAGCUGGAAGAAAAUGGAUUACGUGAUGCUAACGGCUCACCCUAGCUGAUGCAACUUUACUCGGUCAUUGUCAUUAUACAAUCAGCUCAUUUAAACCCGUUAGUUAGCUGGCUCAGUAAUCUCAUGCAGCUGAAUAGCUAGAUUGUUGAGCGUAUGCAUAACCUUAAAUCACUACUGCCACGAUGAUGCUCCAGGAUGGCGCUACACAGCUUCUUUGCCUCACAGCCAGCAGCGGGGUCCCUCUUUUCACAAGAGGAGCCUCCAAACAGCUGCCCUUCUCUGUCAUAGGCUCUCUAAAUGGUGUUCACAUGUUCGGAGGUGGUCAGGGGGUAGUGUUGACCUGCUCUGAGACGCAAGGUGGAGGGAAGGUGGUGUGGAGACUUUUCCAGGACAGUGUGAUACUCAUCGCUGUGAGUGGAGGUGGAGAUGGCGGAGUGGGCAGCAGCAAAGAGGAGGAGGCCCGUCUACAACGCCUCCUGGAGAAUGUGUGGGGCUGCAUGGUGCUGGUGUUAGGGCUGGAUGAGCUGGUUAAUGUCCGGAAUGUUGAGAGGCUUAAAAGGGAACUCAGGUCCUGCUUCAGUCUUAUUGAUGAGCUACUGGAGGACAAGCAGGAGGGUAUUCUGGGAAACCUUACACAUUGUGCUGAUUCACUGGUGCCCCCAAAUCCUGCUCUUUUUCAGGAGGCAGUGGAUGGUUUUGCUCAGGCUGCAGAAAGCGAGUUUGGUUGCCUCGUUGUUCAUGGGCGAAUCGCUACAGCAACUGAAAAGUGGUGGCGCCUCGCUCCGCAGGAAGUUGUCCUGCUUUCUGCUUUGAUACGCUCACACUCAGCCUCUGGAUCUGCUUCUUGUGAUUACCCAAUUUUCCUUCCUCAUGGCAGCCCCACUGUAGCCCACCGUCUUCUCCGCUUCCAGCUGCUGCCCGGAGCAGACGUAUGUGUGCUGUGCGGUCCAACCCCAUCCCUGCAUGGAGCUGAGACUGGGCUGGUGGGUCGUUUCUGGUCUCCUUUGGUCGAGACCCUGAGAGAGUGCCUGGCUGUUGGAGAACGCUGCCUACCAGGGUCUGUAUCCGUUCGGCCUGAUGUGCUGGCACUUCUUCUCAUCAACCGUGAAACACGUCGCGCAGUCUCCUGUGUACGGACUUCCAAUUACCAUUACGAUGAUCCAUUACUCUCCAGAGCCCGCUGCUGGGAGCUGCUGAAACUCUUUUAUAUCUUCAGCACAUCACGGUACUUCACCCAGGAAGAGCCUUUAUGUGUCUCCACAGAAGAAAAGGCUCAAAGAAGCAACACUGAAGACUUUCCUCUUGGAUUCUCCCACCAGCCCCAACAAUGUUAUCUAGUUACAGAGGAAUGCAAAAGCUAUGGACUUCAAACACCACAGCACCAGCUGUUUCUGCUCAUCUUACCAUCUGUGCCCACGUUUGCACUGCGUACACUGGCUACACAGACUCUGUCUGAUAUAGUAGCAGCCACAGGGUUCUAAUUGAAUUUGCUGUUUAACACCUUUUUUUUUUAAAUCACAGCGAUAAAUUGAGGAACCCAAUUGCACUCUCACGUUUCAGUGUGAAGACUCAGCUUUACUGAAAAUCACUGAGGAUC